AUAUGCCACCUGGUUGAAUUCCAGAGAAGACCUUUCAGUGCGAGUGUUUCCCUGGAAAACGUGACAUCACCAGGUGAGGCGUGUCAUCAGGCACCGCUUUAAUAAAGCCCGAACAGUGCAAACGGCCACAACAAACCCGAGUCCAAAGACGCUCUACCUUCUCUGAAAAAGUAGCGCUUUUCGGUUUUAUUUAGAUUUCUUUUAUCAAUAGAAAAAAAGAUUUACCAAUCCAUCCGAUAUUGAAUUUUUGAUGCAAAGUCCUCUUUUCUUUUCUUUUUUGUCACGUGCUGUGUGGUGAAGGGCUGCACUCCGCUCCACCAUGUUUGUGAGCGAGGCGCUCGAGUGCGUCGUGUGCUGCUGCGAGUACUCGCGCAGGGGCCGGAUCCCAAGGGUCCUUCACUGCAACCACACCUUCUGCGCCCCCUGCCUGGAGAAAAUGUCCAAGCUGGAGGGGGUCAUCCGGACAGUGUCCUGCCCUCUGUGUCGCUGGACCACCUGCACCCGAGCCAGUCUGACCCUGCCCGGAGCCCUGUGGGUCAACACGGAUAUCUGGGAUAUGAUUCCAGAGGAGACGCCGGGGAAGGAGCAGCAUUUGGAUUUACACCAGACGAAGACCCCACGCAUCAGGUACAAACGAACCCUGAUUCCAGACACGCUGGUUUCACGUCCUCACUUCAAAAAAUCUUCAGCUGCGUCCUGGUGCACUAACGAGAGAUGAACGACUUGUGACCGCUCAUUCCGCAUCUCCAUUGCUCGGCACGUUUAACUCCAAUGCUUCUCGCUGACAUGUUUGGCUUACAUUUGCAGCAAUGAAAGGUUUGAGUAAUAAUGAUUCGAAGUAAGAAAGUUAUUUAUUGACAUUUUGAAAUGGCCUAUAAAUGAACAGAUGAUUAACCUUAAUACGUUAAUACUGCUCAAAGAACUAUUGUUGCUAAUCACUGAUACCCCAGAAUAUAUAACGUAUAAAUGUUGCCUUGUUUUCAUUGAACAAAUACGUUUUAAUUUGAAAAAAAUUUCAAUUUAAAACUCCAGAAAAUGUAUUAUUUGGUGGUUUAUUCUUAGACUUGUAUUUGAUUAUUAUAUUUACAAUACAGACCUAGCUAUUUUGACUUGUGUAUGUGUAUAUAUAUAAUUAGUUUUACAAAACCAGAAAGAUGGACAGAUAUCUGUCGCUGCUGGUCUUGGGAGUGAAGGACCCAAACAACUGUGAAGUUUGUGAAUUAGUUUAAAAAUAACUGAAAUAUCAACAAAUCCAUGUUCAUCAGUGAAUUGUGAGUUUCUUCUGAUCUGAAGAAAAUUAUUUAUGUAUUGUUCACUAUUUGUGUCACAUUGCCACCAUGUUUUUGGUGCAUUUGGAAUAAAAACAGUUGUGAUCUGGA